AUGUGUUCUAUAGAUGUUCACUGCCAAGUACUGAAAAUCACUUCCAACUUUUAUUUUUUCAGGGAAAAGCGUUUGGCUAAGAAGUAUUAUGACAAGUUGUUUAAAGAGUAUUGCAUUUCUGAUCUUAGUAGAUACAAGGAAAACAAGGUGGCAUUAAGGUGGAGAAUUGAAAAAGAAGUAAUUGAAGGAAAAGGACAGUUCAUGUGUGGUGAUAAAAGAUGUACAGAAUCUGAGGGUCUUCGCAGCUGGGAGGUCAAUUUUGCUUAUGUGGAACAUGGAGAAAAGAAAAAUACUCUCAUAAAACUAAGGCUCUGUCCAGACUGUUCCUAUAAACUUAACUAUCACCACAAGAAGAAACUUGCAAAACAGAAGAAAAAAGAAAAGAAAACAUCAAAAAAGUCAAAUUCAUCAAAAAAGAAGCAGAAAAAGGAAAAGCAUCACAGAAAUAAUGACAAGAACUCCUCAAGUUCUGCUGAAGAUUCAGAAGAUGAUGACCAUAACAUUGAAGAGAGCAAUGCUGCAGCGAGUGGAUCAUCCAAAAGUGUUGACCACAGUAAGUCUACGUGCUCAGGAGAAGAUAUCUGGAAAGGCCCUGCAAAGGUUACUGUUGACAAAACAAGAAGUAAUGACAACAACUCCUCAAGUUCUGCUGAAGAUUCAGAAGAUAAUGACCAUAACAUUGAAGAGAGCAAUGCUGCAACCAGUGGAUCAUCCAAAGGUGUUGACCACAGUAAGUCUUCGUGCUCAGGAGAAGAUAUCUGGAAAGGCCCUGCAAAGGUUACUGUUGACAAAACAAGGGAGGAGGAAUUUGAAGAGUACUUCCAAGACAUGUUUCUUUGACUUGUUACUUAAAAAUAAAUUAUCACACUCAAGUGAAAAC